AUGUACUGUGAUACAUGCCUCAUCAACCUAUGCAAGGCCUGUGUUGGAGAACAUAUCUCAGAUGAUGGAUCCAAUGAUCAUAAAGUUGUCAAAUUUCAGAAUAGGAACUCGACCCCCCUCUACCCUGGAUGUAAAUUACACCACAAAGAGAAAUGUGAAAUGUACUGCAACCAAUGUGAUAUUCCAAUAUGCACAGCUUGUAUUGCCUCAGAAAAUCAUUUCAGUCAUAAAAUUGUUCAACUUCUAACAUUUUAUACCUCUAGAAAACACAAGAUUGAGAAAGAAAAUGAAGAAAGGAGAAAGAAUAUUGAUACAAUUUACAAUGACAUUGCCUCGGAUGUACAAAACAGGCUAAAUCAGAUCGAAGAAAUAUAUAAAAACAUCUCAAAAGCUAUCACAAAUCAUGGCGAAAACUGGCACGAAGCAGUAGAUAAAAUUGUCAGAAAACUGACAUCUGAAGUUGAUAACAUGAGAAUUGAACACCAAGAUGUAUUGAAGAAGUACUUAGCUGAAAUAAAUAAAAAAAUACUCAAUAUUGAAGAUGAGAUCAAAGCAUCUUGUGAUGUUCUGGAAUCAAAUGACAUCUUUUUGGUUCUUAAUUUCGAGAGAAGGAUAAAGGAAUUUAGAGAGUUUCCCUCCAAAGUAGAUGCUUCACCGCCUCAAUUUAUUCCUCUGCAUUGUAGACAUGAACUAUUUCUUAAACGGUUUAGAAAACAAAGUCACAUCCUUAUAGCUGAUUUUGAUAAUGAUUGUGUCCACAUUAUAGACCAAAAUGGGCUGUUUCUCUGCCUCAUAGACUGUGAACUAAGGUUUCCCUCUGGACUGUGUAUUGAUAGAAACGAUAAUCUCUGUGUUGCUGAAAGUAACAACAACAAAGUGAAGAUAAUACAAUAUCAGCAGUGA